CAGACUCGUGACAUGGGGAGUAAAAUUUCCUUCAGCAGAAGGAGUGACCAGUAUACAGUCUCGGAGUUAACCGCUGUGACAUCACAUCCUCGUCGUUCCUUUCCACCACCGACAGACUGCAAAGAGGAUUAAGGCCAUCUUUUCCACUUUCUACAUCCUGGACUGGUUGCCAAUCAAUUUCAGGGCAACCAAGAUUAGCUCAAUGAAUUAAUCCCACACAGUUAAGAGUAUAUGAAAGUCAGCUCUGGGUACCCCCAAACUACUAAUAGCCCUUAAAUUCCAAAUUACUGUUCAUGAUGAUUUUGGUAUUUUCCCGACUAUAAAUCGCUGUAGUUCGGCCAAGGGUGCGACUUAUACUCUGCAGCGAUUUACGUGUGAAAUCAUUAACACAUUAUCAUCUCAUUUCACAUUAUUUUUACAUCAAACCGCAAAAGGGUGCCUCGUCCUGUGUUGAUAAUUUCAACGUUGGCGGUAACAACUGAGAAGGGCUUAACAAAGAAUGGCACAGAAAAGAAAAUCAUAUCCUGCAAGUUACAAGCUGCAUGUAGUAAAAUAUGCGGCCGAAAACAGCAAUCGAGCAGCAGGAAGAAUGUUUGGAGUUAACGAGAAACUCGUAAGGAACUGGCGAAAAGCGGAGGUUACUCUUAGUGAAAUGAAGAAAACAAAAAAAGCCAAUCGCGGACUGAAAGCUAGGUGGCCACAGUUAGAGGAACGACUUCGUGCAUGGGUGCUUGAACAAUGUGCUGCCGGGAGACGCUUGUCAACAGUGGAGUUGCAUCUCCACGCCAAGGUAUUUGCCAAGGAGAUGAAUAUAAAUGACUUUAUAGGAGGAUCUUCUUGGUGCUAUCGAUUCAUGCAAUGCAAUCAAGUCUCUAUCAGAGAAAGGAAAAUGAUGUCUCAAAAAUCACCAGCAGACUUCGAAGUCAAGGACAAAAGUUUCGAUGAGUUCAUUGAGAAUCAUGUGGCUGAAAAUACAGAAUGUAUUGAGGAGAGCCACGAUUUUGAAUGGGGGGAGAAAAUGACAAAUCCAUGUAGUCCUUUAUCUGCAUCUCCCUCAUCAGAGACUCUGAAAUUCCAAGAGACUCUGAAAUCUGAAGGGCCCGUUGAGAGCAACAGCCAACCUAUUGGUGCCUCACAAUUAGGGAUAGAGGCAAAGGCUGAAAUGGCACCUGCAAGUGUGUGUCACUUGAAAACAGGCCAUCAUGGACUACAAGUGGUGCGACAAAGGAAAAGAGGACGUCCGAGAAAAAUAAAACACUCGAAGCUGGAGGAUAAAAUGUGUACUACUACUUCUGUCGAACUUGUGGCGGAUCAACACGAAGAGAUUGGCACCGCGACACAAGUGCCAACUUUCUCUGAAAGCUCCAAUGCUGAGAUUGUGCCCAAGCGUGUCAAAGGUCUCUUGAAUGUAUUACCUCACAAUGAGACCACUGCAACUUGUGCAGUCCCAGAUCACAAACCAGAGGUUGGCGUCCCUUUGGUGCCAAGAAAAAGAGGAAGACCAACAAAAAAGAAAAUGGCCGAAAAUUUGGUUGAUAAUCUUGCCAGUCCGACACAAAAACUGAGAAGUCACGAAAGACGUAUUUCAGCACCGGUUGUCCCAAAAGAAAUGGAGGUUUCUCCGACUCCUAAAAGUAUCACAAAACGUCAAGCCAUUGAAAACUUGCAAACCGAUCACCGAACCCCUGCUAAAGCUUUCAAAACUGAUGUUUCUGCGUCCAUGGUAAGCGGUGACACGGACUCUUGGGAUAUAGCGGAGAUGGACGACAUGCUGGGUUCAGAUGAAAAGGACCUGCAAAGUCUUCCGGAUAAAAACUCAGGACGACUGUCAUUGAGGCCUGCAGAAUGUCUUGCUGUGGAAAGCGAUGGUCAGUAUCUAGAGAUGAACCUUUGCGGGAACAAAGAUGACAUGUCCCCUGGUUCUGUUGUGCGAGAAGCAAUUGAGCAAAGGGACCACCAGCAGCCUGUAGAACUACAGCAACCAAAAGCAGGUGAAGGUGCCACGCCUCAGAUCAAGCAAGAAGCUCAAGAAACUUUUUGCACCCCCCAAAUUCAAGUAGUUGAUGUUAAAAGUCUGAAGGAGUCUCAGAGGGAUUGCGACAAUUCAGACAAUUAUUUCUCUCCACAGACGACAAAGCCAAUUGACAAUAUGGCAACGUCUUCUGAAGACCCCCCAAAAGUUCUUGAGAUCCCCUCUACUAUCAAAGUUGAAAACAUAGAUGCAGCUUCGGAUCACAUCGAUCCCUUAAAUAAUUGUGCCAAAUUGCCCAUCAGUUCGGAAAGUCAAUACCUCCAACAUACCACUUUAAGACGGAGAAAAGGUCGCAAGAGAAGAACAAGAGUAACAGUUUUGUUACGUCACGAGGGCAAAAGUGAAACUCAGCACCAAACAGACUGCAAGAAUACAAACGCUGAGGUUGAUCAAAACGUCAUCUACACCCAAAAAGGUUCUAAAACCUUGUUGACGUGCGCUAUCUGCAGCCGCACAUAUAAAUUUAUGUCUCAGUACAUCAUACAUCAACGCGUUCACACUGGAGAGCGACCUUUCGAAUGUCCCGAAUGCAAAAGAGGUUUCAGCAAGAAAUCCAAUUUAAAUCUCCAUCUUAAGACGCACAUCAAGGAUACCUUAAUAAAAGAAACCCCACAUGGCAAGAAUUUCUCAGAUGACCAAUAUUUUAGCCACACGACGACGCACACUACAGGGAGAGAACAAGACAUUUUGGUCUCGGAAAAGAACGAAAGCAAAUUGUGCCAGUAUUGCGGCAAGUCAUACAAAUUCCAGUCUGCCCUCGUAAGACACGAACGUGUCCACACAAGAGAGAAGCCUUACAAAUGCGAUAUUUGCGGAAAAGCCUUCGGCCAGUCUUAUUUUCUACGCGUGCAUGAGCUGACCCAUUGGCCGGUGAAGCGUUACAACUGUACAGCCUGUAAAAAGUCCUUCAGUCACUAUAGCAAUGCAAAGAACCACACAUGCAGACCUCCAGGAGGUCAGCCCAGCAACCUGACAGCAAAACCUUCACUGACGUACACCUGCCAUAUUUGCAAGAAUAUUUUAGACAGCCUGCAGAAGUUGAACAAGCACAUGCGAGGUCAUAUCGGUACGAAGCUAUAUCGCUGUAUGUAUUGCGACAAACUCUUUGCUCUGCGGUCGGAGUUCGACGCCCAUUGUGGCGUGUGCCUAAGAGAAAAAAAUGGCUCCUGUGUCACGGUCAAGGAGGAAGAGAGAAUGUCCGUAGUGGAGUACACUGUGUCUGCACAUAGGGUUUCAUCGGAACAGAAAUUCAACUGCCUUCCCGCAGACGGCCAAUUUGAAAACCACAAAGGAUCGUUAGGUCUCAACGGCGAUACGGGAAAACCAACUCGCCCUCUUUCCUAUUUCGUGUCCAAAUUAAACCAACUGGAUAACCGAUCGGACCCUAGGAAUUAUUUAUGCCCCAGUUGCGGUCGCCUCUUCAGGCACAUAGGAAGACUCCGGGCCCACAUGCUGACUCACGUUCCACAUCAGAGCUACACCUGCUCCUUUUGCGGGAAGACUCUUCAAAACUGGACCAAACUGUGGCGUCAUCAAAGAAUCCACAGACAACGUCGAGGCCGCUUUAUGUGUGUGUUAUGCGGCAAAGGAUUCCGCUUUGUCCAUUCGUACAAAGAACAUAUGAGCGAGCACCCGAGCUUCCGCUGGAUCCAGUCUAAACCUCGGACUGUGUCCCUGCCUUAUAAUUGUGAUCAAUGCACAAGUCGUUUUAAAACGCUGGAUUUGUUGUUCAGUCACCAACGUUGCCAUUUCUCAACACAUGUCACACGCCAAGGACCCGCUUCGGAUCAGUCCUCGCACGAUCAGUCGACGAGCACGUUAAAUCCGACCACGAUAGCGUUUUCUUUUGAGUCAGAAAACAACACCCUCAUGUCAUCGGUCCCAAAAGGCACUGCCCAAAAUCCAAAGGACUCCCCUAAUUCAUCUAAACAAAAGCAGACUACGACCUCCUCAAGUCCCAGAAACACAGGUAUGCGUGAGAAACCCCAGAAGAGUCCCCGAAAAGAUGAAAAUGUGCUUAAAAAGCAAAAAGCACCUUUGAGACCUACAGAGAAAAAUUCAGCCCCAAACAAAGAGUUUUUGCAAGACUUCAUCUGUGCCGUGUGUGGCGAUGAGUAUAAUUCCCUCUCGGACCUUUAUAGUCAUUAUAUGCAGCACGCGCGAGGCGAAGUGUGAUUGCCGAAAAUGUGAUUCUCAGCCGUUCAAAGCGUUUCCAGUUCUCGUUAUUCAUUGUGAAUUGUGUUUUUGUUAUACUUUUAAUAACAUGCACCUUUGAAUUUAUGUUCAAGUGCCGAAUACUGUAUUUCUUUGUCACUUUAUGCUGAAAUAUGUUAUACUUUUAUAUCAUGCAUCUUUAGGUUUAUUUUCAAGUUCUGAACAAGUUAUUUUGUAAAAAUCUUACAAAUCAUACUUAUUAUUUCGGUGUGAUGUGAACAAUUGACCUUGAAAUUUUCUGUUGCACUUUAAAAAGUUGAUCAAUUGCUGACCAUCUAUCUUGACAGCUGUCUGACUACAUUUUGACUGGAUUAACCCCUGAAUAACAUUUACAAAAACUAUUGUACAUGAAUAGUGCGACACUUUAUCAUCAAUAAAUGUUUGUUCCGGUUUU